AUGUACUGCAAAGUCGAAUCUCAACGACUGAUGUACCAGCGUAAUAACCAACGACAGCUUCGGGCAGAACUUUAUCAGGGUGUCUGGGAUAUUAUUGCUGGUGACCAACCCCUGCCCAACGUCGACACACAGCGCCAACAACAAACUCCCGAGCAGGCCAUCGUUCGGAAAAAUCAGGAGUCCAGCAGCACGGGACGACGAGUGAUUUUGGCGCCAUCCUACGUAGGUACAUCCAGCGACCGGUACAUGCGGGCACAGUACCAGGAUGCAAUGGCCAUCGUACGUGCCUUUGGUAAACCGGACUUAUUUAUCACCAUCACCUGCAAACCCAAGUGGUCCGAAAUAACCCAGCUCCUACUACCCGGUCAACACGCGUCCGAACGACCAGAUCUCACGGCCAGAGUUUUUCAUGCAAAGAAAAACGCGAUACUGGAUGAUCUAAACAAGGGUGCACUUGGUGUGGAAGUCGCAAAAGUGUACGUCAUCGAAUUCCAGAAGCGUGGACUACUCCAUGCGCAUCUGUUGCUUAUCCUAGGGGACGACGACAAACCUCAAACACCGGAUGACUACGAUAAGUUCGUUUCGGCAGAAAUUCCGGAUCCGGCCAACGAACAGCUUUACCACACCGUAAUGCGAUGCAUGAUGCAAGGACCGUGUGGGAGUUUUAAUCAGCAGUCUCCGUGUAUGAAGGACGGAGUAUGCUCGAAACGAUACCCGAAAUCCUUCCGUGAUCAGACGCACGCUACCGAGAAUGGCUAUCCAGGAUACCGCCGUCGGGACAACGGACGCACCGUUAUUGUGAAAAGGGUGGCGCUUGAUAAUCGACACGUCGUACCAUACAAUCCGUGGCUCUUGCACAAGUACGACUGUCAUUUCAACGUCGAAGUGUGUACGUCGAUCACAGGAGUUAAGUACCUGUACAAAUAUAUCUUCAAGGGAAAUGAUCGGGCAGCGGUUUCCCUCGGACAGGAGGUCGACGAAAUUCAGAUGUUUCUCGACGUGCGGUACAUUUCGGCAUCUGAAAGCUGCUGGAGAAUUAUGCGUUUCGAGGUACAGGCGAAAUCACAUGUCGUGGUUACACUACCGAUCCAUCUGCAAAAUCAGCAGAGUGUCCUUUUUAGACCAGAUGGAUCGGGUGAAACCAUUCUGGCACGUGCGCGGAAUACUGAGUUGACGUGCUUCUUCGAACUGGCAACGCAUGAUGAAUUCGCAAAAACACUUCUGUACCACGAGGUCCCUACGCAUUUUCGCUUUGCAAAACCAAUAGCAGGUCAACGGCAGCCAUGGCACAGUCGUACGGGCAGUCAGUGGAUACGGCGCACCCGUCACGACAAGUUGCUUAUCGGGCGAAUGGUCUACUGUCCCAUGACGGACAUGGAGCGCUACUGCUUGCGACUUUUGUUAUGCUACCGCAAAGGGCCCACCUCCUACCUGGAUUUGCCCACAGUUCGUGGCACUGUGUGUCCAACAUACCAGCAAGCCGCCGUACAGGAAGGUCUACAGCAGGAUGACAACGUGUGGGAUCGGACACUACGCGAAGCAGCAUCAUUUCAAAUGCCCUGGCAGCUUCGUUAUUGCUUCGCAAUGAUCCUGACAGCUGGACAACCAAAAAACCCACGACUUCUAUGGGACACGUUUGCAGAUCACUUCAGCGAGGACUUCCAUCGACAACUUCGCGAUAACUACACGGCGGAUGCGACUGAUGACCACAACAGGCUGUUGCGUGACAUCGAGCAUUUCCGAGCCGUUAGCGAGAUCGACCGUUUUCUGCGCAGCGCUACACCGGCCAAAGAUCUUACGUGCAUUCCGGGUAUGCCGCAGCUUGCUGACUACGUUCACGUUCAGCCGCACCUGAUCGAUGGAGACGGUGGUAACCCAUUGAUCAGAAGUGAGCGUCAGUAUUCAGUGACCGAUCUCGACCGUACACUCCGUAAGGUGCACCAGCUGAACGAGGAUCAACGAACAGUGAUGCCUAUCGCGAACGAAGCUGAGCUGAUAAGCGAGACUGUCCUCAUUGUGUGGGACGAAGCUUCGAUGGCCAGUCGUUACGCUCUCGAAGCCGUCGAUCGCACACUGCAGGACAUUAUCGGUGUGCAACGACCGUUCGGUGGCAAAGUUGUGUUGCUCUCCGGUGAUUUUCGCCAGAUCCUUCCCAUAGUACCAAAGAGAACGGAGAGCCAUAUCAUUGAUCAGUGCAUCAAGCGGAGUGUACUUUGGCCGCACUUCAACAAGCUGCAAUUACAGAUCAACUUGCGUGUACGCUCUGCCCCCGACGCGAACCGUGCUAGCGAUCUGCAGCAGUUCGCCGACUUUUUGCUCCAAAUUGGUGAAGGUCGUCACGAAACUUUCCCCGGACUGAAUCCAUCAUUGGCAAAAAUACCGGUAGACAUCGUAUCGCCCCGAACCGAUCAGCUUCAGGAUGAUCUGCAUGCAUUGAUCACCAGAGUGUACACUGAACUGGAGCGGUUUUAUCGGCACUCGCAUUAUUUUACGGAUCGCUCAAUUCUAUCACCAUUAAACGCUGAUGUCACCACCAUCAACAACGUCGUGUUGGACAGAAUUCCGGAACCACUCAUGGAAUACCGUUCUGUUGACACGCUGGUGAAUCCAGAGGAGCAAGAAAAUCUCCAGCUGCCUCCAGAGUUCUUGAACUCACUAAAUAUCAGCGGCAUACCAGUACAUCGGCUGCGAUUGAAGCGAUUCGUUUCAGUUCUCCUACUGCGCAACCUCAACACCGAAAUGGGAUUGUGCAAUGGUACACGGUUGCAGAUAAUUGAUAUGAAGGCGAACUGCAUCCAUGCCCGUAUACUUACGGGUAAGCGACUAGGCGAUGACGUGCUGCUUCCUCGGAUCUACUGCGAUACCAACGACAAGGGUCUACCAUUCUAG